CCCAAGAAGAUGGGGGUCUCAUAGAGGAAGGACUUGUGAUAGACCAGGACAAGGCAUCAUACUAGAUGCUCAGGUCGGACCUUCUUCGAGAGGCGGCAGCGUCCAGAUAGGAUUAUAGAUCUGGCUGGAAACAUCCUGAGUCCGUCUCAUUGACAUCCAAAUCAACGGGGCCUACGGGUUCGACUUUUCGGUUUACGAUGGAGACGACGAGGCAUACCGAGAGGGCAUGAAAUUGGUUGCAGAGAAGAUCGUCGAGACUGGGGUCACUUCACUGGUCCCAACCCUGAUACUCAAGAGAAGUCUCUGUAUCCCAAGAUACUGACUCUGCUGCGCCCAUAUUCUACGCGAUCAUCGGCCACGCUUCUGGGAUGGCACGCCGAGGGACCCUUCAUUGAUAUGGCCUAAACGGGGUGCCCACGCACCUCCGUUUCUGCUCUCUGCCCCUGAGGGCUUUCGAUCAUUCGAAAGUGCCUACGGAUCCGAGAAUCUUUUGGAUAAAGAAGACUGGCUCAUGGACAAUGAAGACCAGUGCGGUGUCCGCAUAUCACUGCGGCACCCGAGAUAUCAGGUGUAAUGGAUGCAGUGGAGGAACUGACUAAGAGAGGGAUCAUCUUCUCAAUGGGUCACAGUGUCGCGUCUUCUGAAAUUGCCACUGCGGCUGUGAUGCAAGGAGCGCGGCUCAUCACACAUCUUUCAAUGCCAUGCCUCAACUUCACCACCGAGACCCUUCCAUCAUCGGGCUGCUCGGUGCAUCGCCGCACCUUUCCUCGCUCAAUACCGACUUCGCCCCUCCAUCGAGUCCUACCGCGACUUCUGCGCUGUCUGGUGUGACGUCCGAAGCAUUCGAUUACAAGCCGUCGACCGAAAGGGCCCCCACGACCUGAAUUGCACCUUGAGAAAGGCCGAGUGGCCGCCAUGGCCUUCGAACGGCCGUUCUAUGACAUGAUCGUCGACGGAAUUCACUCGCAUCCCAACUCUGUCCGACUGGCUUAUACAGCAUAUCCCGCUGGCUGCAUCCUGAUCACGGACGCCAUGAAAAUCCUUGACCCCAACCUGCGAGAUGGGAUCCACGAGUGGCGAGAUGGCAAGCGAUGCCUUGGCAUUGACAACAAGAAGGGAACUUUGCGAGCGGCGCUGAUGCCGACCUCACUGUGUUUGAUCGGCAAGGUAAUGUUGUCAGUACGUGGGUCAAAGGAAGACAGGUGUGGGCCAGGGCCCAGUAAUUAUUUCUAUCUAGAAUAUGAAAUGAAAGUUGUAUUUUGUGCAUACAGUCCCGAACGCGACUUGACUCGGGACAUGUCCUUGACAACAGUCAACCGUGUCGCACUGUCCGCGUCUGAGGACUCGGCGCUCGUCAAGGCACUCAUCGCGCUGAGCAAUGAUAGCAAGAAGAAGAGACUCGUCACCUCGUCCAAGUAUGCCGCACCAGCGGAUCCGUCCAUUGAAGUCACCAGCUGGAAGAUGAAUGAGUUCAAGUACUACGAAGUGCCAUCCCCGUUCCCGACGCUCGCACGCGGAAUCUUCACGACCGAAGACGGGAACGGAGUGCAUCGGAUUGUCGCGCGUGGAUACGACAAAUUCUUCAACGUGGGAGAAGUGGCUGGACUACUGUGCGUCCGCUCAAUUUCUUGCAACUGGACCCUUGCUGAUGAUACAGCUCAGAAACGAGCCUUGGAAGAUCACACCACCGGUCCAUAUACGUUAUCUCUCAAGAGCAACGGAUGUAUUAUUUUCAUCGCUGCGCUGACGCCGGAGAAAUUGCUCAUCACGUCGAAACAUUCCAUCGGACCAGCAACGGAUGGGAUGAAGGUCAGUCAUGCGGAUGCAGGAGAGAAGUGGCUGCGCAAAUAUCUCGAAGAAAAAGGGCGCACGGAAUCAGAUCUGGCGAAUGUGCUUUGGAUGAACAAUUGGACUGCGGUGGCAGAGCUCUGCGACGACUCUUUCGAGGAGCACGUGCUGGGAUAUCCACCUGAACUCACCGGCUUGCAUCUGCACGGCAUCAACGAAAGCACGAAGGCCUUCAAGACACUCCCGCACGAGCAGGUCGACGCGUUUGCCAAGGAAUGGGGAUUCAUCACGACAGCCUCCCUCCAGCUUCCAACUAUCGCAGCGGUUCGCGAGUUCACGGACGAAUGUGCCAAGACAGGGACAUGGAACGGCGUUCCCAUCGAAGGAUUCGUCGUCCGAACACAUGUAGGCGAACCCCCCGCUGGCUCUCAUCCACGCAACGGGCCACCGUACUCGGUUGGAUCGACGUUCUUCUUCAAGGUCAAAUUCGACGAGCCGUACAUGAUGUACCGGGACUGGCGCGAGCUCACCAAGCAGCUUCUCACGAUGCGGGGCGGGCCGAUGGGGAAGAAUCCCAUGGCUGUCGGAAAGCUGUCGAAGAACAAAAUACGCAGAGCAGAGACCAAGGCAUACGUCAACUGGGUCAUUGAGGAAAUCCAACGAAACCCUACUGCUUUCUUGGAGUACGGUAACAACAAGGGCAUCGUUGCCGUUCGAGAGCGAUUCUUGGGCAGCGCCGACGGACAUUCUGCCAGCCUUGAUGGUUCACUUCCACUUUCUACGGCCAAGAUUGAGUACGGCAAGACGAUCAUUCUUCCUGUGGCUAUUCCCGGCUGUGGUGCGUUUUACUUUUCAUUAUCGGGUGAUGACGGCUCCAAUGGCGCAAACAACCACUUGAAGAUGCACCGCGAGGCUCUGCGAACGACCGCCGCAUCGUUCCCUCAGCCAGUUCGCCUGCUAGCCCUGCACUGGGGACUCGAUGACUACCCACCAGCUGAGAUCCAUCGAAUCUGUGCCGAUCGUGUCCUGCAGCGGGGCGAAAACCAUCAAACUCUGCUCCCGGAUGCGAGUCAGGCCCAUGAACAAGUGUUGUGGAGCUUCAUCACCAAAUCUGAGCCUCUGGCAUCGGACGAGGUGGACGAAAUCGUGGAAAUGUCCGCUCACGAUGAUCUCGAGGCCUCUGUCAUCCGUGCUGUGAAAGGCUGCGUGCAGAUAUUGGGGCUCCCUGAGCCGACACCGACAAAGAUCCAGGGAGCACUGGACUAUGUCCGCAGAUACAAGCCGGCCAAAACGGGACAGGCUCCAACAAAAAUCAAAGGAAAGCCGCGGUACUUUGCUUUCCUCCCCGAGAUCGCUUUGGAGCCCUUGCUUGAGCCCUUGCUCGGAGGUAUCCCGUUCUGGCGUGCGGUGAAGUCUCGCGUGACGAAUCGUACACACGUGACUUUAAUCCACCAAAGUGCCCUGCCUGGCUUGCAGCGCUUUUGGAAUCAGUGCAAGUCUCUGCAUGAGCUGAGCACGACUCCGCCGACAUUCAAGCUGCAACUGGGCCAUGUGGUAUGGAAUGAUCGGAUCAUGGCCCUCACUGUAGAUGCCGUCGCUCUCGAGCAGGAAGGAGCUGGCGGACAGCAUGGUGCCGAAUUUGUGUCCCAGAUACCUGAAGAAGCACGGCAGCGCCUCCAUAUAACCGUCGCUACACGUGAUGGAAGUGUCGCCCCCGUGGAAGCCAAAACGAUGGUAGAGAACUGGAGACUGGACCACAGCACCGCUCAUUCUUUGCCACUGGGUGAUGUGACGGCAACAGGACGAGUCAAAGGACUCCAAGCAUGA